AACUCUUGCGCAAAUUUUCGCGCUUUUAGCACCUGUAUGCGCGUGCCAUGCAUAUUUGCAUAAUUGCGCAAAUUCCGUGGAGCGUGGACGCGAAGAGCCAGGGGUUUUCCUUUAUCGCUUCCUGAGAAAAUAUUGCGCACAGGGAGUGUCGGUGUCGCGUCACAAAGAACAAGUCUGCUUGAGCCGGCCUUGCCGUAACAAGCCAACAAUCGUCGUAAGUUUAUAAUAUCGAGCGUUAAACAAUGAUACCUCGUCGCGUCUAUCGUCUUUUGAUCGCAAUUUAUUCCAUACAUGUAAUUGUGUCAACGCAAUGCGUCAAUUUGGUCUUGGAAAGCGCUGAAAUUGCGCAUGGAAAGCCGAUAAUCGCAUCGUCGACAUGUGAGGCUAACGAAAUGUAUUGUUUCACGAAAGAUGAUGCUGAUCUUGACUGUAAUGUAUGCGAUGGGAAUAAUCGCAUUGAAACCGUUACCUCUUCUCAAUCGAGCCCACAAUAUUGGCAGUCCGCAGUACUCUCCAAUAGGUCAGCGGAUGAGCGUGUGGACAUUACUAUUGACCUAAAACAGAAAUAUCGCAUUAAUCAAGUGUCAAUCAGUACAGCAUUCACCCCUCAGCCAUCUGUCUGGGUUAUCGAGGCAUCAAGAGAUGGAGGAAAACAAUACUCAAUCUUGACGUAUUUCGUCUCUCGUUCCGAGCAGUGCUCCAAUGUCUUCGGUUUCAAUCGUUCUGCCAUUGCUAAGGAUUUGUGCAUCGUUCAACAACCUGUUAAGAAUGGAUCAAGUGAAAAGGUUGACGUAUCGUAUGAUGGGAAUAAUGCCAUCGCAGACCACCUACGUUUGAGAUUGAUUCAAAUAUGGCAGUCGAAAAAUCAGCAAAGUUUAGAAGAACUUUCUAGAUUCUACACGUUGAAGAAAAUUUCUGUGCAAGGAAUAGAAAUGUCGAAAGAUCUCGACACCUCUGUAAGAACAAAGAGACAAUCACCGUGCUACUGUUCCCGUCAUGGAACGAUGCGUUAUUUAUGCAAUGUGGAUAGUCGAUACUGUCCAUGCAGAACAGAAUAUGCUGGAAAACGCUGCAAUAAAUGCGCUCGUGGUUACUUUAACUAUCCGGCCUGUUUACCAUGCGAGUGCUCCAGGCAAGGGUCAGAGGCCUCCUCGACCUGUAAACGUAAUGAUGGCCAAUGUCGUUGUAAACCUUUCAUCACCGGGAGAAGAUGUGAUCGAUGUUUAAGAGGGUAUCAUGGUUUUCCAUCCUGUCAAUGGUGUAGCUGCCAUCUGAGACACACGACUGAUAAAGGAUGCGAUCUUCACGGAAAGUGUUUGUGCAAGGAAAAUUACGAUGGACGAACUUGCGGCGAAUGCAAGCUGGGUUAUGUUGACUACCCUACAUGCAGAAAACUAGCGUGCACAUGCCCUUCAGCUGGAUCGCAGAGUAUCAAGUGCAACGCUGAUGGUCAAUGUGAUUGCAAGGAAGGUUAUAAAGGACCACAAUGUGAUAGUUGCAGAGCUGGUUACUAUGGUUAUCCUGAGUGCAGAGAAUGCACGUGUGAUAGUAAAGGUUCACUCUCUCCGAACUGUGACUCGGUCUCCGGGAGGUGCGCAUGUUAUCCGUACGUUGCCGGCCGACACUGCGAUCGUUGCGAGUCGGGAUACUUCGGAUUCCCACGGUGCCAGCAAUGUAUAUGUGAUCCCGACGGUAAGGCAAGAAACGAAAGACGUGGUAACAGCAUCUGCGCAUCAGGGAGAGAAAAGUUCCAAUGCCGAUGUAAAACGAACGUCGCAGGAGCAACCUGCGACAAGUGUAAAGAUCUCUACUACAAUUUCUCCCCGAGAAAUCCACAAGGCUGUCGAUCAUGUGGGUGCUUCAAGGGUGCUACGAUUGGUGGAUUAGAGUCAUGUGACGAGAAUUCGGGUCAGUGUGCAUGCAAGCCAUUCACGGAGGGAAGGAAUUGUUACGAAUGUAAACGAGGCUACCAUUCCCUUGAUUCUUCUGAUAUUUUUGGAUGCCAAGCGUGCAAAUGUAACCCAGGAGGUUCCUAUUACAGUAACUGCGAUAAACGGGAUGGAAAAUGUCAAUGUCGUGCAAAUAUCGGUGGGACAAAUUGUGACAGGUUGCGAGGCUCUGUCUAUUAUCCAUCAUUACAUCAUAUCGCUGCCGAAGUCGAAGAUGGGAAAACAGCAGAUAGAAAACCAGUUAAAUACGGAUUUGACUCGAAUAUCUUUCCUUCAUAUUCUUGGAGGGGUUAUGUCAACUUCUCUCCUGAAGAGACAACCGUUAUUCUGACAAUCAACAUACCUCGUCGUAGCCUGUAUCGUAUUUUCUUCCGUUGUAUAUUCGAACCAAUCGGUUCUCCAACAACUACUGAUGUUAGUUUCACUGUCAGUCCUGGCGAAGGUGUCUCUGGAUUUACGAGAAUCGUUACAAUGACCGUGUCUUCAACACGAAAUGUGAAUAGAGAACGCAGUUCAUUGCUGACAGUUUCCCAGAAUGAUGCUGUCCAAGAGUUUCUAAUGUUUGCUGGAGAAUGGUCGGUGACUGUGGAUUGUGAAAGCAAGUAUAUGUUGAUGGACUAUCUCGUCUUCAUGCCGGAGGAAUACUACACUGGUCGAAUACUGAAGACGAUACGAGUCGAUCCAUGUGUUGUUGAUGGUCCCAGGGAUACAAUCUGCGAUCGAUACAGUUAUCCGGAGGUUUCCGACGAACACGCGGUGAAACACGAAGCCGAGAAUGGAUACUUCGCUAGAGAAGCCUGGGGCACGGAUAAUAGACUCGAACUGAAGUAUUACAGCAGUAAUACUGUAUUAAAACAACUCAGUGGAACCCAGCUGGUGUUGAUGAAUAAUGAACAGAAUCGAUUUGCAAUCGACAUGAACAUCCCGAAGUCUGGCGACUAUGUUUUUGCCGUGCACUUCAUCAGUCAUGGCGAGAACUCAGAGAAGAUUGAUUUGUACGUGCAUCGUGAGCUUGGCUCUAUACACAUCUUUCCUUGUAAAUAUCAAUUUGGAUGCCGUCAAGUUGCCAUGAAGCCGGGGGUUAAAACAGUUAAACGGUUUGACCUUGAAAAAGGAAGAACUCCAUUGAACCUCUUCACUUCAAGAGAGGCUAGCAUUGCCGUAGAUUACAUAUCAGCCAUACCUUAUGAGUUGUGGCACCCAGAUUACAUCACUCCAGCAUUGGUUUGUAGAUCGCUACAGGACGAAUGCAUCUCGUCCAGCUACGCACAGCCGACCACGUUCGAGCAACAUCCUAUGAUAGCGCGAUCUGUCGACCCCUCUACGGGCUCCUCGACAAACGACGAGAGGGAUACCUUAGUCCGGUUUCGUAGUUUCUUUAACAAGAAGACGGACAAUUUCGUGGUUAUAAUUCAAUACCAACAAACUAAAGAUAUCGUGGUUAAUGGCAGAGUCUCCAUCACCACAUACACAACAACUCUCGAAGGAGUUGCUGAGUUUAAAUAUUGUCCAAAUACGGAGUUCUGUCGGAUUGUUGUUAAACCAACUGGAAAUGAAGGAAAUUUCAGGAUCAGACAAGGAACAACACUGAUUGAAGUUCGCUUUCCAGCCAAUCUGAGUGUCAAAGUUUCGUGGCUGUACAGGAUUCCCAGCACAAGUUACUCGGACAAUGUUCUGUCAUUUACACCGAUCGACAACUCCAAUACAUGGGUGGAGCAAUGUAGUCUUAACAACUUCGUCAUCGACCCAAGGGACCCGAGUUAUUGUAGAAACACGAGCUUUUCUUUGGUGACAAACUUUAACAACGGAGCGUUACCUUGUCGCUGCAGUUAUCCUGGUUCCAGCAGUCGAUAUUGCAAUCAAGUUCACGGGAAAUGCACAUGUCGGAGACCUAACAUCAUUGGUCGUCAAUGUACCCAGUGUCGCUCAGGAUAUUACGGAUUUCCAUAUUGUCGCCGGUGCACCUGUGAUCCUCGAGGUGUGGAUGCUACAAGCUGUGACAACCGUGGACGAUGUAAAUGCAAGCCAAAUUUCUCUGGCAUCAGUUGUAACCGCUGCAAGUCUUCCAAUUAUGAUUUCCCAACCUGCGCUGCGUGUGAUUGCGACAAUCACGGCUCUCUCAGUCAGUUUUGCUCUUCAACCUCGGGUCAGUGUCAAUGCAGGCGAGGUUAUGCCGGAAGGAAAUGUGAUAGAUGUCGCGUUGGAUUCUUUGGAUUUCCAGAUUGCAAGGAAUGCAACUGCCAUGUGUCUGGAAUCAAACCUAUUGAAGGACUAUUAUCCGGAUGCAACUCUUCCUUAGCCGUCAAAUGUGAAUGCAAAGACAACGUGAAUGGUAAAUAUUGUGAUACAUGCAAGGACUUCUAUUACAAUCUCCAGUUUAAUGAUCCGAAUGGUUGUCAAAGAUGUACUUGUAGCGAUCUGGGUACCAACAGCCAGUUAAAAAUCUGUAAUAAAGUAUCAGGACAGUGUUCCUGUAAGUCGCGGGUUAAUGAAAAGGAUUGUUCACGUUGUAAAGAUGGCUCGACCUUUUUGAGAGCGUACAAUAUCUUUGGCUGUAAAGGAUGCGAGUGCAAUUAUGGUGGAUCAAUUGACAACAUCUGUGACAAACAAAAUGGCGCGUGUUCAUGUAAGAGGAAUAUUAGUGGGACUAAAUGCGACAGUGUAAAAUCGGACGGUUUUUACGUGCAAGAUUUGCAUCACAUCCGUGCGGAGUUCGAGGAUGGCAGAAUAGAUUCAAAUCGACCACUCCGGAUACGUCAUAGUCAGAGCGAAUUUCCCGGAUUCUCUGGUAAAGGAUAUGUUCCCGUCUUGAGCGAACAGAGUUCAUUUGACAUUAUUGUGGAAAUUCCACGACCAACGAAGUACCGACUUUUGAUUCGUUAUAUUCUUGACUCACUCAAUGACGUAUUUGGUCAAGUGACGAUAUCUCCAACAGGUGAAGUCGAUCCAUUGCCUGGAGGAUACGAUAGCGUGCAGGUCGCUUCAGUUAUUUAUUCACCAACCUCGACAAGAACCGAGACGUUUUCGGAAUUUUUGACUGUUAAAAGGGGGGGAAAAGAGGCUGAAUUCUUCUUAAGUCGGGGGAAAUGGAGAAUAUCUUUGUUUGGAUCGCCGUCGAAAUUGCUGUUGGAUUACCUGGUUAUGAUUCCAGAGGAUUACUACAAGGCCACAUAUUUGCGGCAACGUGUUGAAAAACCAUGUUUAGUAGGAUCUACGGCUGAAUACUGUGUUGAUUAUAAAUAUUUAACAGUUGGCUCAGCUGAUGCGGUAACUAUUGCUGCUGAACUUGGUGUUUUUGCUGGUUCACGAGCCUUACUUCCAUAUGCUCCAUUUAAACGAUCAUCAGUUCUUAGUGUAAAUAGUCAGUUAACCCUACCGCUGCCAGUUCAAAAAUUAGGAUCUUACGUCUUGAUGGCGACGUAUUACCAGGAAGUAAAGACUGUUAGUGACAUAUUACUAAGCGUACGAUCAGGACAUAAGUAUCUGAAUUCAAGAAUGCGAACUUUUUACUGCAAAUACACAUUUGGUUGUCGACAGGUGGCGAUUGAUGAACAAAAUAAAGUUGUUGCAUUCGAGUUUUUUCCUAACAUAAUAAGCAAACUGACAAUUUCUCCGCUAAGCACAGUUGUUGCUGUGGAAUCCAUAACAAUCAUCCCCUAUGAGGAAUGGAACAUCGAAUACAUUUUGCCAUCAGAGCACUGUGUGAAAUCAUCAACUGGAUGUAUACCGACUACAUAUCAGAUCCACAGGAACGCAAUUAAAGUUGAAGCUGAAAAGAGGGGUCAGGGAAUGAAACCAAGUUUAGCAAUAGACGCAUCAGUGCGAGCAGCAUACCUGGUUGGUGAUGGGGUGUCACUGCGCGUGAAAAGCAGAAUACAAGCCAGCAGUUACAACCUUCUGGUGCACUACUACCAACCAUCACACGGCAAAUAUAAUGGUCGUAUUAUUGUCGAAAGUGGUGGGCGGUCUACUGCUCUGUAUCUGAAGUUUAAUCACUGUCCCAAUGUUGGUGGAUGCCGAGUGAUAGCUAGGGAUAAAAUUACUGAAACGAGUCGCUCGCUGUACAUCACUGGCGACGUGGAUAUCACCAUUUCCAUCACGCAGAAUAACGAAGUUUGGAUUGACUACAUCCUAUUUGUUCCAAGUCGUCAUUUUACCCGGGACAUGGAGAAACAACAGCCUGUGAGCUUGGCACAAAAAUUCGUUGCCGAAUGUGGGCAAAAUAAUUUCGUUAUCGAUAGUUCCUCCGAGUUUUGCAAACGGUCCGUUUUUACUAUGACGACGAUGUUUAAUGGCGGACUUUCGGCGUGUGAUUGCGAUCGGAGAGGUUCGACAUCGGUUGUAUGCGACAAAUUUGGCGGCCAAUGUCCGUGUAGACGAAAUGUCGUUGGACGAAAGUGCGAUAAAUGUGUAGCAGGGUACACAGGCUUCCCGAACUGCAGGCGCAGUUAAGGAUUUCGCAAACAACUCGUUUGGUCGUUUUCUUCUUUCUUUGUUACUUUUUUACUUAUAUCUGUUCUCUUUUCGAAACGGACGUGUCAAUGUAGAUAAACCAAAAUUUUUUUCCAAGAAAUACACUAUGUUUUAUUGCCGG